CAGCUACGUGGUGUGUGACGGGUGCAGCAGAUGGCGCUACUGCAAGAACAUCACCAGCAGGGGCGACCUCUGCAUCUGCGGCAAGAAUCUCGCCUGCCUCGUCCCUGACGGGCACGUCUUCCGUGACGAGGAUGGAGGCCAACGCCAGCCACCACCUCACGACAAGACCGCCGAUCUCAAGGCCGCAGCUGCAGCAGCAUACGGCAAGCUCAGCAAGGACGACCCGCUCAAGCAGCACUACGAGGCCCUCUGGCCAGAGCUCGCCGCAGCCAAGCCACCAGCAGAUCAACCAGUCGUUGGAUUCAAGGCAGUGGAGGCAGCAGCUCGACGCUUGGACAAACUCCAGAAGAAGGUACGAUCGGCAGGGGAGCAAGUGGAGAGUGCCCAGCAGUACUUGGCUGAGAGUGAACGCAAGCUUCGUGAAGCUAUGGAAGCAUCCAUUGCAGCAGAAGAUGAGUUCGACAAGCUCAAGGCCACAGUCGGCAAGCAAGAGGUACCAGCCGAACCCGCAGCCGAGAAGCCAACGCUGGCAGCCCUCCUGGAGCAGUUCGAGCACGAGCCUGACGACUUCCACAAGUGGUCCGAGCCAGACAAGGAGGUCUGGCGAGCUGCAAAGGCCAAGGGUGAGCGCAUGGCCCAGACGGUCAAGGAGCACGAGGAGGAGACGGCGAAGCACCUGCGACUUCUGGAGGAAGAGACGGCCAGGCACCAGGAGCAGCUGCGCCAGCUCGAGCAGGCAAGCGUGUCUGCGCUGCCAGCCCAGCCCCUCAGCGAGGAGCCACCACGGGCGCUGAGGCAGCAGGGUCAGCUGCUGCGGCUGCGCCUAACGGCGCCGCGGCAGCUGCCCUACCAGAAGCAGGUGCAGCAGAACAUGACAAAGCAGAGGAACGCCGAGCUAGAGUGGAGGCCCACAUCCAGGAGGCGCGAGAGAAGGUCUCGCAGGCCAGGCGCGCCGAGACAGUCGUCGACGCAGAAGGGCAAGGUGACCACUCAGCAGGGUAGCCGCCCCAAGGCGAGCACGAAGAAGGCUCGCCGCCCUUACCACAUCGACUUCUUCAAUGUCACGACCUGGGGCCCCCAGGCACAGGGCUACCUCGUGGAGAUCAACGACGCCAAGGACAGGGACAUCAUCGGCAUCGCGGAGCACCACCUCCGCCAGCCUGCGCAGAUAGGCAAGGCAAGAGCGGCGCUCAGGAGGAAAGGCAUGCACAGCUACUGGACCAAGGCACGGCCAGGAGAAGGAGAAGGCACUCGUGGAGGAACGUGUGCCAUAACGCGAGGAUCCUUGGACGUCCAGGACAGGAUCGCGGGCUUCGACGAGCACUACCUGCACGAGGACGGCAGCGACGUCGCGGUGGUGAUCUCCAACCUGCACAAGGUCCGCUUCGCAGUGGCCUUCGUCUACCUCGAGUGUGGGACGGGCUUCGGAGAGAGGAACGUCGACAUCCUCUGCGACCUGCGGGAAAAGAUGGCCGUCUGGGGAGGGCCAUGGGCAGCGCUGGGGGAUUUCAACAUGACGCCGUCGGAGCUCAACAACAGCAUCUGGCCCAGGGUGCUGAAUGCUCAAGUAGCAGCGGCGGAGGAUGGCGCCCCCACGUGCUUCCCAGCAGGAGGCGAAGCCAGGUGCAUCGAUUUCGCGCUGAUCUCGCAGGGCCUGGCGCCGUAUUUUGACCAGCUAGAGCUGCUCAGGACCGUGCCGUGGAAGCCGCACAUUGGCAUCCGCUUGAAGCUGAGAGGGCGGCCUCUAAAGCUCAAGGGCAGGGUGCUUCGCAGGCCAGCAGCCAUAAAGCCACCAGUCGCAGUUGAGAGAAUGCCGAAGUCCAGAGCCGCUUGCAGGCGAGCGGCGCGAGGAGGCCAGGAGGCCAUGCGCCGACGUCAGCCAGCGUUGGCAGAGGCAGGAUGCGACCGGGAGGGAAACGACAUGGAGCCAGUGCCGCAGCUGUACUACGACAAGGAGGUCCAGCACGUCAUCCCUGACGAGCUGUGGCAGGCCACCUCCGAGAGGGUCAGCUUGCGUGUCUACGAUGAGUUGCCCCAGCACUUGCAGCGCACUGUCGUCGGCAAGAUGAUGGAGCGGGACAUGCUGGAUCUGGGGCAACAGUACGACCGCUUCGCUAGCGCACUCGAGCUCAGCCUGUGCGAGAGCAUCGGCAUCCCAGAGGAAGAUCGAGGGCGCAACACCAUGGACAUCCAAGAUCACGACCCCUUCGAAGAUGAGGAGGAGUACUUGGAGUACCGCCAGGAGAUCGCAGACCAGGAUAACAGCGGUGGGCACCACCAAUGCAUCGAGGGGCAGCAGGCCAGCCUCGAGUCCAGCCAGACCGCUCGCCGUCGAGCAGCUGGACCUGACUCUCACCCACCAGCAGGACGCAGCACCAUGGACGACCAAGACCACGACCCCUUCGAGGAAGAGGAGGACCGCUUCCAGAACCGCCAGGAGACCGCAGACCAGGAGGACUGCGAUGGGUACCACCAGCGUAUCGAGGGGCAGCUGGAUGGCAAUGGCCACGGCCAGAGUCAGAACCAAGCGCCGCCAAGCCCAGAGGCAGAUGAGCAACGAGAUAUGGGCCUGCCCCCUACAGACCCCUGGAAUGAUGACCAACACCAGCGGGAGCGGGAAGACUACGUGGCCAUGAGAGACGACCUGGAGUACUGGGCGGCCAUCUGGAUGGAUAACUUGGUGCAGCUCCCCACGGACAACAGCAACUGGAUGCAGAUCUGCGUGCCGUUCCUGGAGACCAUCCUGGGGGGCGGAGGCAACAAUGGCAUGGUGAGACUGCUCAGACGUUGGUACCAGCAGGCCGGCCUCAGCCACAUCAUCAGGGACCUCUGCGAGCGAGCAUGGAGACAUGCAGAACCACGACGCCGAGGCUUUCUCCAAGGCAGGCUGAACGAUGAAGGUGCAGCCAAGGACCAGCAGCAGGCCCUCCUCGCAGACCUGCACGCCAUAGCAGAGGGCGCCCUCGUGGACCCAGGGACGAUCAGCAGGGUAGCAGAGGAGGUAAAGAGCAUGGCCAAGCUACUCACAAAGGCGGUGAAGAAGGCGUACACCCACUGGGUGCAUGACGCCACGGCUGGCAGUGCGAAGAUGGCCCACGCCUACACCAAAGCAGCAGAGCGCAGCCAUCUGGAGGACAUCCUAGAGCACGAGGGCCAGAUCAUCAACCACCCGCAGCAGCUGGUGGACCUGCGCAAAGAAGCAUGGCAACGCAGGUGGACACGAGAUGCGCAUAAGGCUGAGAGGAUCCAAGAGGCGCUGGCCAAGCUGAGGCAGGCUGCCCUGGCCCAAGAGAAUGCCCUCGAGCCCAUCAGCAAGGACAUCAUAGGCUCCAUCAUACAGCACCUGAAGAGCAAUGCAGGCCAAGGAGCGGACUGGUGGAGGGCUCCAGAGCUCAAGGCCAUGGGAGCCCAGGGGCUGGAAGAUUUCGUGCAGUGCCUGACCAGCUGUGAGCAACGGGCAGCCUGGCCGUGGCAAUUCUACCUGGUGCUGGAGCUGCUGCUGGGUAAGAAGCCAGGGAUCGGGGGGCUUAUGAGGGCAGAAGCCGCCACGGAGAUGGGCUUUCAUGCAGCAGGAGUGUUCUACGACGCGGCAAACUUCUACGACAACAUAGGCCUCGACCAGCUGAUCGAGAAGGCCAGUGCCCUCCAGUACCCGUUGCUGCCGCUGGCAAUGGCCGUGCAGAUGUACCUUGCGCCCAGGGCCAUCAUGGCCCACGGCCUCUUCUCGGACAUCUUUGAGCCUGCCAACAGCAUGGUAGCAGGCUGUGGCCAAGCGGUAGACCUCACCAGACCGCUCUUGUAUGGUAUCCUGGAUGCAGCGCACAGGCACCAUAUCUUCGUCGUCAUGCAGCAGUACCUGGACGACUUGGCCCUGCAGGUGGAGGGCGCGCGGCGGCAGGUCAUUGACCAGAUCAAGCACGUGACGGCGCUGGUGCACGAUGGUUUCAAGCAGCUCGCGAUCCCCAUCUCAGUCAAGACGGCAGUGGUGGCCUCGGACAAGGACCUCCAGGCAGAAGUCGCCAGCAUCCUGGACAGCCUGGGCACCCCCAACAAGCAACCAGGGGUAGUGCGCGACCUCGGCGUGGACACCAGCCUUGGGAAGCAACUGCGGCGACCCACCCAUGCCGCGCGCCAGGCCAAGGCCAAGCAGAGGGUGGCCAAGCUCAGGGACCUGGCGAAGACGGACGCCAGAGGCGCGGCAAAGGUCUAUGCAGCAGGUGCCUACUGCCAGCAGGCUUGGGACUUACCAGCGCACGGCAUCACGCCCACGGAGGCGAAGUUGGUCAGGGCAACGGAGGCAGCGCUCCUCACAGGCGGACACAAGGCUGGACGCUGCACGUCCACCAUCCUCCUGAUCCAGAGGGGUAUGCAAGAGGCAGUAACCCGAGCCAUCGGCGACCAGAUCAAGCAGUUCUGGCUCACCGUAGUCGACCACCCGACGGAGCUCAAGAGGUACCAGAGGGGCUGGCUCCUGCUCUACGCCAAGUCCAGCAGAGCGCGCAGCAGCAGCUCUGGCAGCAGGCAGCUGGUCAUCGCAGUGGAGAAGGACUUCAGGCUGGAGGCGACCUCUAUCAGCUGCAGCGCCACCUGA